GGCGACAUUGUGUCGAACGGAAGCCAAACAGCGUCUCCUUUGAGAAAGCGGACGGCGUGGCCCGUCGCUUGGCAACCAUGCUGCUGCAAAUGAAGACUUGGCUUGGCUAGCCAAAACGCGUUCAACGAUUCAAGGAUUUACAAACAUUUUGUUGUCAACAUUUCCCGCUCAUCAAUAGUCCAGCCAUGCCUCCUCCAGAGACCAUGUUCUGUUCCCAGCAAAUCAAAAUCCCGACGGGAUUGCCUGAAGUCCUUAAGAACUUCACGAAAGCAGCCAUCCGAACUCAGCCCAAAGACCUUCUUGUGUGGUCUGCAGCCUACUUUGAAGCAUUGGCUAAAGGAGAGACGCUGCCAGUCAAGGAGAGGCUGGAGCUUAAUUUUGACAGCCAAGCCAAAGAUGGUAUGCUGACUCCAGGUCUGCUAAAGACGCUUCACAAGCAGCUGUCCACUGCAGAAACAUGCGACAGAGCGACGUUGCAGGACAAAUGGCAAGCUUUAUGUCUGCCCAUGGAGCAGCUGGAGAACAUGUUGAUCCUGGGCAACUUUGGCAUGGACGUCAGCUGCAUGGAGUUUUUUGCGCUGGGCUGCACUGCUCUGGGAGAUUCUCUCAAGACCUCCCUCAAGGUCGCCUGUGAGAUCCUGACUGAGGAUGAGGAGGGGGGAGCUGCAAGGAUCCCCUUUGAGAUAUUUUCAUUGCUAUGCACCUACCUAGCUAACCUGGACCCAGAUAUGCCGCGUAGCCACAUCGAUGGCUUCCUCGCUAGUCUGGAGCCACAAGCAAAAGCGCAGCACGGCAUGAUCAAACCUCUUGACUUCAUCCAUCGGGAGGAUAUGCAGCCGCCCAGUGACUCAUCGGACAAAACAGUGUCAUGACUUCUGAGUGUGUAAUCUUGAAAUGCCUGCCAGUAUAUGCUCAAUAUUUAUUGUUUUAAAAAAAGUCAUUGUGGAACUGUAUGGAGUAUCUGCAAUCUUCUGGAGAGGGAACCACUACUGUGAUUAGUAAUCAGUCAAGCACAACCCCUCCCCUCCCACCCAAUUGUAACCCUCUAAUCUUAUUGAAGUACUGAUGAUGUCAUCAUCCAGGCAUAUUUGGAAGAUGCUUAAUUCAUUACUGAGACAACACUAACCAUGCAUUUUGUUCAAUAGUUAAUCACUAAUUUCCAACAAUUCAAAUAACUCUCUAUUGAGUUGUUGACAUGGCUGUUAUCGUUUGCUCGUGUCGACACAGAGAUUUGUGUGUUUGCACAAAUGCAAUAAUGUCUCUAUUAUUCUUCCAUCUUUAGGAAGAUGCUAAGAAUAAAAGAAGCUAUUUGUAUUGACUGUUUGAGAAUUGCUUUGUCACACAUGACCAAACAUCACUAUAAAAAAAAAUAAUUGAGGGUCAUUGCGAGCUGAUUAAAAAAACAGUUGACAUUUUAUUAAUUAGUGUUCCACUGGGAGAAGGUCAUUUGAGAAUUUCAGUAAAUCCUAGAACCAUUCAGGUAAGCUACGCA